GCAGCUGAUACGGACUGAAGUGGGAGCUCCUGGUCUGGUGGUGGGGGUCUCCGUGGAUGGGGUUCAUGUCUGGUCUGAAGGGAUUGGGUAUGCUGAUCUGGAGAACCAGGUGCAAUGUGAACCUAAAACUAAGAUGCGAAUCGCGAGCAUCAGUAAGUCCCUGACAUCUGCAGCUGCUGCUCGCCUGUGCGAUGAAGGGAAACUCGAUCUGGAUGCUCCAGUCCAGAAAUACUUACCAGAGUUUCCUGAGAAAGAGUUUGAUGGAAAGAAUGUCACAGUAACCCCUCGCAUGAUUCUCUCCCACUUAAGUGGAAUACGGCACUAUGAGAAGGAUGCCAACAAAGUGAGGGAGGACAAGGAGAAAGCCGAGCGGCUUUUAAAGCCGAAAAAAGAAGACAAGGGCUCGGGUGAAAACAACAGUGAUCCCUCAAAAGAGCAGAAUCCCCAAUCCAAAGAGGCGAAGAAGAAAAAAGAGUUUGAUCAUGAAGAAUAUUACCUGAUGGAGAAUUUUGAAAAUGUCACCCAAUCACUGAAGCUCUUUAAGGACGACCCGCUCAUGUUUAAACCAGGCACAACUUUCCUGUACUCCACCCACGCCUACACCCUGCUGAGCGCUGUCAUGGAGCAGGCCGCUGACCAGUGCUUCCUGGAUGUCAUGAUGAACCUGUUUCAUGAACUUGGAAUGCUGGAUACCGUGCCAGAUCAGAAUGAACCUCUCAUUUACCAUCGCUCCAGAUACUAUCAUCUGAACAAGCGAGGGCGGGUAGUGAACUGCCCGUACGUAGACAACUCCUACAAGUGGGCAGGAGGCGGCUUCCUUUCCACCGUGGGCGAUUUGCUGCGGUUUGGCAACGCUCUUCUUUACAGCUACCAGAUCGCCUCCCUAAAGGACGCAAAUGGCCUCCUCCUGGGCUUCCUGCAACCCAAAACGGCCGUAGCUCUAUGGACAGCAGCGGACAAGACCGCCGCCACCUGGGACAAGGAUGGACGCUACGGUCAAGGCUGGCUGGUGGUGGACAAAGAGCAGAGGUAUGGCCAUUGCAGGAAGCACAGGCAUUACGUGUCGCACACAGGGGGCGCUGUUGGGGCCAGCAGUGUCCUCCUGGUGUUGCCCAGGGAGGACAUGGAGCUGCCACCGGGACAGAAGAGCCUCCCACAGGGCGUUGUGGUCACCAUCCUCACCAACAUGCAGUCUGUGGGACUCAACAGCAGCGCCCUGAAGAUCGCCCUCAAGUUUGACGAAGCCAGAAGUGUUUAGUUCUUUCCGGAACAUUGCGGGUAUGAGCCAUCUUUUUGAAAAUGUGUAUUUUUCUAUGAAAGUUGCUCAAUUGGCACUAAACUCAGUUACCUCACUGAUUUUGACACAAGAGCGCCUUUACACAAAAGUCAUUGUAAUAUUGAAAUAAUAUUUGUAAUGCACAAUGAAAGAAAGACAUUGCCAAAACUGAUUUGUCUCUGCGGCAUAUUGACUGAUGGAACACAAUUGAAGGCUUUAUUGUCAUCGGACAUGAAACCGGGCAAAACAUACAAGUGGCUGCUCUGUGAGGUGCAGUUAUAAUAUGUUAAAAAGGUUAAAAAGAUUUUUUGCAAACCAGUAAUAAUAAUCUGCAAAUGUGCCGUUGUUGAGUGUAUGUGCUGUCUAGAACUCUGCUGAGUAACCGUGUAAUACUUUUCCAUAUCAGUAGGUGGCAGCCAGGGCUGGGCGAUAUAUCGAUAUACACGAUAUAUCGCGGGUUUGUCUCUGUGCAAUAUAGAAAAUGACUAUAUCGUAAUAUUCGAGUAUACGCUCUCACGCAGUUGUUUUUAGCUGCCGGCAUUACACUACAGGCUCUUCUCACUGCUUCUUGUGUCUCCUCACAGACAGCAACCGCAUACACUUACGCACGUCACAUACUGUCACCUCAUACGUCACAUACUGUCACAUCAUACGUCACAUACUGUCACCUCAUACGUCACAUACUGUCACCUCAUACGUCACAUACUGUCACCUCAUGCGUCACAUACUGUCACCUCAUGCGUCACAUACUGUCACGUCAUACGUCACAUACUGUCACCUCAUGCGUCACAUACUGUCACGUCAUACGUCACAUACUGUCAGAUCAUACGUCACAUACUGUCACAUCCUACGUUACAUACUGUCACCUCAUACGUCACAUACUGUCACGUCAUACGUCACAUACUGUCACCUCAUACGUCACAUACUGUCACCUCAUACGUCACAUACUGUCACGUCAUACGUCACAUACUGUCACCUCAUACGUCACAUACUGUCACCUCAUACGUCACAUACUGUCACCUCAUGCGUCACAUACUGUCACCUCAUGCGUCACAUACUGUCACCUCAUGCGUCACAUACUGUCACGUCAUACGUCACAUACUGUCACGUCAUACGUCACAUACUGUCACAUCCUACGUUACAUACUGUCACCUCAUACGUCAUAUACUGUCACCUCAUACGUCACAUACGUAUACGCCCUCGCCCAGAGAGAGAUAGAAGCGGUGGCUAACGUUAGCUGUGAUGCUGGCGGACUCGGAGGUGCUGAUUCUCAUCCCAGUGGAGUGGUAAUACGAGAGAAAGAAGGUGCGAAUAUGGUAACCAAUGAAGGAAGAAUUAAUUCCCAAGAAAAACAGCAGGUAGUCCAUCGUCUGGAAGUGGUUCGGCUUCAAGUGGGAAUAUGUCGAAUAGACAACUUUAAUUUGUCAUGUGUGGGGCACAAGCGUUGCUACCAAAAGUAGCAUUAUUGCUAAUAUGUUGCCUCAUUUGAAAUGUCACCUGCUAAUAACUUUAAUAAAUACAGUUUUGGUAAAUUCACUUAAUUGUGAUUUCCUUCACCACAUGAAAGUUUAAAAUGACCAUAUAUUGAUGCAAUAUAAACAAGAAUGUUUUAAUGUAGACACAUAGAAUCACCAUACUGCUGGGAUUAUAUGUAUCCAGUGUUCAUUUAGAGAGGGAGAGAGAGGUUUAUACUUUCAUUUAUAUAUAUAUAUAUAUAUAUAUAUAUAUAUAUAUAUAUUAGGGCUGCGAAUUUUGGGUGUCCCACGAUUUGAUUCAAUAUUGAUUCUUGGGGUCACGAUUUGAUUAUAUAUCGAUUUUUUGGGGGGAUUCAAAGCGAUUCUCGAUUAAAAAAUGAUAUUUUUCCAAUUCAAAAGGAUUCUGUAUUCAUUCAAUACAUAGGAUUUCAGCAGGAUCUACCCCAGUCUGCUGACAUGCUUGCAGAGUAGAAUAUUUUAUUUAAAAGCUUUUAUAAUUGUAAAGGACAAUGUUUUAUCAACUGAUUGCAAUAAUGUAAAUUUGUUUUAACUAUUAAACGAACCAAAACUAUGA